UUAAUAUAGCGGGAGUUUACAUAAUUUGGAAAUUUAAGAAAGAACACUCAUUUAAUAUAUCCAAAGCAGAUGUAUAUGAUAUACAUGUAUUGCAAACUAUGGAAAGAGUUAUAGCCUUAGUAGAUAUGGAUUGUUUCUAUGUACAAGUUGAACAAAGAUUACAACCAGAAUACAAGGGAAAGCCAUGUGCUGUUGUUCAAUACAAAAAAUGGAAAGGUGGAGGGAUAAUAGCUGUAGGAUAUGAAGCAAGAGCUUGUGGUGUAACCAAGAACAUGUGGGGUGAUGAUGCUAAGAAAUUAUGUCCAGACAUUCACUUCUUUAGAGUACCAGAAGUCAGAGGAAAAGCAGAUCUCACUAAGUUUAGAGAUGGAGGAAAAGAAGUGAUUAAUGUUCUGAGCAAGUUCAGUAACUGUGUAGAGAGAGCCAGUAUUGAUGAAGCAUACAUAGAUCUUACAGAAGAAGUUAAAAGAAGGAUGGACAAAAGAGCACAGACAGAACUGCUACAGAAUACACACAUUGUAGGCUUUGAUAAAGAAGGUAGGAUGGAAGGCUUGGAAUCCUGGUUAGAUUCUGUCUAUGAAGGUGAUGAUUUUAACAAUAUACAGGACAAGAAGCUAGCUGUUGGAGCAUUGAUCAGUGAGGAAAUGAGAGCCGCUGUCUAUGAAGAGACUGGCUUCAGAUGUUCUGCUGGUAUUGCCCACAAUAAGAUGUUAGCUAAACUAUCCUGUGGUAUCAACAAGCCGAACAAACAAACAGUUCUACCAUAUGGCUCUGUACAAGGUCUGUUUAGUACAUUACCUGUCAGGAAAAUACGAAAUCUUGGGGGCAAACUGGGUGAAUCCUUGGUGGAAGAACUAAAUGUUGAAUUUAUUGGAGAUUUGGUAAAGUUUCCUUUAACAGAACUACAAAAUAAUUUUGGAGAUAAAACUGGCCAUUGGAUCUAUGAAGUGUGUAGAGGAAUAGAACAAGAGCAAGUAUCAGCCAGACAGCUACCUAAAUCUAUUGGAUGUAGUAAAAACUUUCAAGGAAAAACUUGUCUUGAUACAAAAGAAAAGGUUCAGCACUGGUUGAAAGAGUUGUCUGAAGAAGUUGUGGAAAGAUUAGAUAAAGACAGAGAAGAUAACAACAGAAGUGCUAAGUCAUUAACAGUUAGCGUGAGGUAUUUAGCUAAACCAUCAUCCAUCUCUGUCUCUAGAGCAUGUGCUGUAGUAAGAUAUGAUGCUCAGAAGUUUGCUGGUGAUGCCUUCACUUUGAUACAGAAGCUUAACACGCUACCAUUAUAUCAAUCAGCUUGGUCUCCACCUAUCACAUGCUUAGGUAUAUCAGCAGGAAAGUUUGUAGAAUUUCAGGAUAAAAACCAGUCAAAUAUAUCUUCAUUCCUUGGAAAGAAAUCUGAAUCAGUUGACAAAGCUCCAGUUUUGUCUCAAUCAAACAAAGAAUCAUCACCAAAGGGUUCAAUUCAGUCAUUCUUUAAAACUAAAAAUCUCAAAGAAGAAUCCCCUAAAAGUGAACCAACUAUUUCAAGCGGUACAUCAUCUCAAAAAAAUAAAAUACAAGAAAAUGGCAUACAAGCUUUGUUUAGAAAAAAACAGUCCAUUGGUAAUAGUUCAGACAUAGCUCCUUUGAAAACUGAACCAUCAACAUUUUGUGUGGACCUUAGUCAUGAAUCAAGUUCUAUUGAUUUAAGUAAUGAUAAUUCAGUUGAUUUAAGUAUUCACAAAGGAUCAGAGACUAUUAAAACAGAAUCAGUAACAAACCUUAAUUUGAGUAAGAAGUCAGGCUUUUUUGUUUCUAAACUUAGAAAAAAUUCAGUAAGCUCCAAUGUAAUUGAUGUAAAUGAAAGCUCAUGUGAUAGUAUUAAGUCAGCGAACAGCAAUGAUUCAGCCAAAACAGGAGAUAAUUCAGAAAUUGUUCAUUCUGAAGUGAUAGACAUUGAAACAUCAUGUAUUCCAAAUGGUAUUUAUGUUAAUGAUGGUGCUCCUACAUCAAUAGAUAAUUUGGAUGAGGAAGUUUUUAUGUCAUUGCCUUUAGAUAUUCAGCAUGAGAUAAGAAAAAAUAUGAAAAGCAAGCCUAAAGUAAAUUUAAAACAAGAAGAAAAGAAGAGAUCAAGUCUUGAUACAUUUUUUCAGCAGAGUACACAAGAGAAAACAGAAAAUCCAAAAAAUCAAUCAGAUCUGACUUCAUGUGAAAAAUGUGGGAAAGAGAUAAUAGUUUGGGAACUUCCAGAACAUAUGGAUUUUCAUUUUGCUCAGGAAAUACAGAAAGAGUUCAGAGAGGAAAAUAUACAAAGUAAUAAAUUCCCAAUAAAGAGAAAGAGUGUCACUUCUCCUACAAAGCCUAAAAACAAAUUGAAGAAAACUGAAAAUGUAAAUACUCUAACAAAUUUCUUUUCAAAGAAAUAAUGUUUUCUUUGCCUCAAUUUUGACUGUCUUGAUAGACAUAGUUCAUCAUCCUACUUUAAAUACUUAUUAAUGUUUUAUAAAUUUUUCUUCCUUUUUUUAGUUCCAGUUCAGGUCGGAUUCCUCCAAAUAUGCUAACUUUUUGAAUAUAUAUUUUUUAGAUAAAAAAAUAUAUUAAGUGUGUAGUGUAACUCAUGUGACAAUAUCCAAAUUGAAGUCAUGUUUAAUAGAUACAUUGUUAAUUCUGUUAUAUGUGGUCCAGCAAAACGAUGAAAAAUAAAAAGGAAAACAGGAAUUGUUCAGAUUAUUUUAAACUUGAAAUAGAUAUUUUAAGAAAUGUUUUAUCAGGUAUUAUGUACGGGUAUACUUAUGCAUGUAAUGUGUAUAAUAUGUGACAUUUAUUUAUGGAGAUGAUAUAAAAUGGGAAAAUUUUAUUAUAAAUUCUUACAUAUUAUAAUUGAUGUUUUAUAUGUUAAUUAUACAUGCAUUGAUCAAUUGAAUGCAAUAUGUACAUAUAUUAUAGAUAUAUUAUUCUUAGAGGGGUAUACUUUUUAACCACUGUCCAGAUGUGUUGAUCUGCCUGCAACACAUUUUUAUUUCUUUUUUCUCAGCAACUGCUUGUCAAAGCUUCUUGAUAAAUGACACCAAAACUCAUCUGGUUGUGUCAAACCCAGUGACAGGUUUGCAGUUCCUUCAAUGUCGUACUUUAUGUUUGUCAGGACAUAUCUUGAGUGGGAGUAUAUGUAUUAUUAGUGAGUAAUAUCUCACAGUAUAUCUUGUUCAUUUUGAUUUUCAAUUUUGAACGUUUUCAUACCAACUCAGAAAUCUAUGGAUUUUUGUUGUAUUGCAAUUACCAUAGCAUUGCUAAAAUAUGAAAAGAUUUUACAUCGUAAUACUUAUGAGAAGAAAUUUGGAAAUUGACCAUACAGAAUUCAGCCUUAAAUCAGUGAUGAAAAUGUUAAAGGCAUGUCACAAAUGCCACUGUGGUGUUAAUAAAAAAUCAAUCAAUCACAGAUGCCUCAAAUAUUCUAUUGGAUGAACAGGAGAUUUUUUUUUGAAGUUUUCUGCACAAUGAAUAAACCCAUUAAAUUGAUAUCUAACUAAUGAGGAUGAUUAAACUCCAUUAUUAGUUAUUUCUUUUACCCUUAGCCUUUACUGUCUUAUUUAUGAAAUAAGUACCAGUAGCUCAUCCUUAUCUUUGUUUUCAUAGUGAAUUCAGGGAUAUUUAUCACAAAAUAAGAGUUGGAAUUUGUAUCUCAGCUUAUGUUAUGUAACAACCUGUAUAUUCUGUGUGUUAGUUUUACCCUCGUACCUGUGUUUUGUAGCAGAAUUUUGUAAUUGUUUAGAUAUUGUAAAAUAGUUGUUAGAUAUUACUUUUAUAUACUUGUUUAAUUUAUUAAACUUCAUAUUAGUCAGUU